CGGAGUCAGAUUUAACUCCAGCGUUACUUUGACCUUUAAGUGCUCAGUAACCUCCGUCGGUGAACGACGCCACUCGAUCGUUGCCUUAUUUUGAUGUGAGGUACUCUCAAAAGGUGACAUUAUGAAAUCAGAAGAACUUAUUCGCUUGAAAAGUUACUUUCUUAAGAAUUCCCGUGUUAAGGAUUUCUCUGGUUAUGGGGGGAAAAUACAUACACUUGGGUGGAAUAGCAAUGGGUCGAGAUUAGCAUCUGGAUCAUCUGACAAGCUUGUAAAUAUAUACUCACUGGAAUCCACAAGAUUAACAAAAGUACAUAGUUUCCGAGGACAUAAUGAAAGCGUAGACCAACUUUGUUGGCACCCAUCAGAUAAUGAUGUUGUUGCAACUGUGGGUGCAGAUAGUGCUAUUCGUUUGUGGGACUGUCGGACCAAAAAAGAUCCAAUCACAGCACAAUGUAAAGGGGAGAACAUUAAUUUGGCAUGGUCACCGGAUGCACGUUACAUCGCUGUUGGUAGCAAAACAGAUUUGGUUUCAUGGUUUGAUUUGCGUGCUGGUUUCAAAGUGGUACAGGCGGAACAGUUCACUUCAGAAAUUAAUGAAUUCGCCUGGAACCCUAGCGGGGAAGCGUUUCUUUUAACUACUGGUCUUGGAAGUAUAUUAGUCUACAGUGGGAAACCAGGUGACAUGAAACGUGAAGCAAGUAUCCAAGCUCACCCAGUCAAUGCAAUGUGUCUUCAAUUUUCACCAACAGGUCAUCAAUUUGCUGUUGGUAGUGCAGAUGCUCUGGUGUCCAUUUGGGAUGCAAAUGAAUUUGUUUGCUUACGUACAUUAUCUCGCUUAGAAUGGCCAGUACGCACUUUGGGAUUCUCUUAUGAUGGCAAGUUAAUUGCUGCAGCUAGCGAAGAUCAUUUCAUUGAUAUUGGCCAUGUACAAACAGGUGAACAAGUCUAUCAAGUUGGGACACAUGCAUCGGCUACAUUUGUACUUGCUUGGCAUCCUCGACAGUAUUUGUUGAGUUAUUCAAGUGAAGCGAAAUACGAACGAGAUCAAGGUGUUAUUCGAUUAUUUGGUUUAGUGAAUGAUGAUUUAUAAGGAUUUUAUGUAUGAACAUAAAGAGUAGUGAAAGCGUAAUAAUGAAAACAACAUCAGAAAAUAAUCUCUUUUUUGUAAAUUGUAUAAAAUUGUAUAUUCUUAAUGCAAAUAUUUAUAAUGAAAACUGUUGUAGAUUCAUUAAAAACACAUGUAUAAUGUUACUUGUCUUACAGUUUACUAAUUCAUUGGGGUUUGAAUCCCAUCCUUGUCACCAAUUCAAUUGCAUCUUAAGACGUCAACUAAUAUCAUGUACUAAAGUUACCAGUCAGAAGUUUCUAUUCUAAUUUUGUCUAUUCCUCAACUACUAUUUCACCUUUAGCCUAAUGUCCCAGACUUGACCGAAUAUACCAGCACUAUUGAUCUUCGGCCGACACAGCUAAGCUGUUAUUGGUUCUGAAUUUGUAAGCUCUUCCUUAUACCCUGCUGUUACGUCCUUGAUCUGUCUACUCACUUUUAGUGCUGAGGAUACUUGUCUAAUCUAGAUUAAGGCCUUAACGCGAUAAGCUGAUCGGCAUAAUCUUGAGGCUAGUAUGCGUGAGUUCGAAGUGGGGUAGAGAGACAAAAACUAUUCUAUCACCUGAUUAGCUGAUAAGCACUCGAGUGAGAAAAGACAAGUUAACUGGAACACUACUCGAUUUAUUCUCAAUUCCGAUCUGGCUCCCGGUUUCAGAUCAGUAUAAAAAGAGGACAUGAAUAAAUAGAUGACUAACCCGACCACAACGUUCAACAAUUAGGAAAAUACAAUUAUGUCCAAAACUGGAGAUUAGCGUAGAAAAUAGAGUACAAAAUAAUACGUUUAAAUUAUAAUAGCUUUGGGACAAAAAGGGUUAUGGCACUGAAUCAUACAUCAAACGAAAGCUUAUGAUAUGUAGAAUAGACUAGGGGCAAAAAUAAAUGUUACUGUUUUAUAAGCUUUGAUUUAAUUAAAUAACGUCUCGAAAAAUAACUUCCGUAGUUUGUCAAGGUUUCUUGUUUCUCUGUUCACAUCACCUACCUUAUGUUGAAGAAGUCACAAACCUACUUCGAUUACUAUUACAUUUCAAAUAAAUGUGGGCUUAUAUCCAAACAUACUUUAACGCCCCCCCCCACCGUAAAGUACAAAAUCACAAUCGUACACAAAUAAGCCAAAAGUGGCUGUGAAAAAUCGGUUGACAAUGAAAUAGAGAUAACGAUGGUUGAAGGGUUAAACGGAAGCUUAAAGAAGACGCAAUAUAUAAAUAUCAUAGCUUCAGUUACUCAGUAAGUACACAAAUAAAAUAUAAACAAUAAUAAUAAUUUAAAAAUCGUUUCAUAAUAUUUGUCCAGUUAUGUCAAAAUCUUUAUAUAAUCAGCUUCAUUACGACUGGUGGAGAUCUGUAUUCACUGAGUAGUCGUUAUUGGUAGAUGUACCGAAAUAACGCAC